AUGCAUUCCAUGCUGUGGGCUGAGCUCUUGCCCAGGCUCGAUGCCAUAGGGAAACCCCUUCCACUCAUCGUCACGAUUGCCGUCAUUCUCUUUGUUUAUCAUGCCUUCCAACCUUUUCGAUCCAAUGUUCCAAUCUUGAAUGGUAGGAAAGGAUUGGAACUCACAAACCAGAGACCCAAGAAAGAAUAUGUCUCUCAAGCAACCAAGCUGGUCGGCGAUUGGUUCAACUCAAACCCAAACAAGCCAGUUCGACUCAUCUCGGACGUCGAGGAGAUCACUGUGCUCCCACCUAGCCUAGCCCAGGAGAUUCGAAGCGACAAACGACUAAGCUUUAGUCAGUGGACUUUCAAGUUGACAUCGCAAAAGUCAUUCCAUGGUAACUUGCCAGGCUUUGAUGGUUUUGCCGCGGGCACAGGAGGUACAAAUUUGGUACAGACCGUUGUUACCAAGGAUCUCACCAAAUUUUUGAGUGCGGUCCCCUGCACCUCCGGAUUUUCGUCGCUAACUGAAAAGUGGCACGAUAUUCCAAUGAGGGACAAGGUCCUACGACUAGUCGCCCGGAUCUCUUCACGCGUCUUCCUCGGUCCAGAGCUUUGUCGCAAUGAGAACUGGCUUCGAAUCACUCGCGAUUAUACAGUCACGGGGUUCUUUGCCGGCGAAGAUCUCCGUAUGUGGCCAGAGUUCGUUCGUCCCUUGGUACACUGGUUCCUACCCGGCUGCCGCAAGCUCAGGGCAGACGUCAAAGAAGCCCGUUCAAUGAUCAAUUCUGUGGUUGAGGAGCGAAGGAAGCGAAAUCAGGAGCUUACUGCCGCUGGACAAGAUAUCCCAGACUACAACGAUGCCAUCGCUUGGUUUGACAAAGCGGCCAAGGGUGCAACCUAUGACCGAGCAGCCAUGCAGCUCAGUCUGUCUCUUGCUGCGAUUCAUACAACCACCGAUCUCCUCACCCAAGUUCUUACCCGGAUUUCACAAAACCUGGAAAUUCUCAAGCCUUUGCGGGAGGAAAUGAUCUCGGUGCUUCGAGAGGAGGGCUGGAACAAGACGUCUUUGUACAAGAUGAAGUUGCUUGACAGUGUUAUUAAGGAGAGUCAGCGAAUGAAGCCUACUGAGAUUGUGUCCAUGAUGCGCCUUGCCCUCGACGACGUCAAGCUAUCAGAUGGCACGGUCAUUCCCAAGAACACUGGUGUGGCAGUAUCAUCCCACAGGAUGUGGGAUCCCAGCCUUCAUCCAAACCCACAUCAGUGGGAUGGUACCAGGUUCUACAAGAUGCGCGACGAUCCAGCGAAACAGAACUCUUCUCAACUUGUCUCUACAAGCCCAGACUACCUUGCGUUUGGUCACGGUCAGAAUGCCUGCCCGGGUCGGUUCUUUGCGUCAAACGAAGUCAAGAUCGCACUGAUUCAGAUUAUUCUCAAAUAUGACUUUGAACUGAAGGAGGGGGCAUCACCCCAGAUCUACAAGCAUGGCUUUACCCUGACCGGUGAUCCAUUCUUGGAGUUGAGGAUUAGACGGCGUAAGGAGGAAGUGCCACUCUAG